AUGGCUUCGAAACAAGUCACCAAGAGGCUACUGCAUGAGUUGCGAUCAUAUGAGAAAGACCCUAGUGAUGCACUGCUUCAACUCGGGCCCAUCAACGACGAAGAGCUGACCCACUGGACGGCUGUACUCAAAGGCGUCUCAGGCACUGCAUACCAAAACGGCCUCUGGAAACUCAACAUUGUGAUCCCUGACACAUAUCCCAACAAACCUCCUACCAUCACAUUUGUCACUCCCAUCUGUCAUCCGAAUGUGCAUUUCAAGACUGGAGAGAUAUGUCUGGAUCUGCUCAAGUCUAGCUGGAGUCCUGUCUAUUCUGUCAAACAGACUCUGGAGGCCGUGCAGCAGCUCCUGACCUCUGCCGAGCCCGACAGUCCCUUGAAUAUUGACGCAGCACAAUUAUUACGCCAGGGUGAUCAGUUGGGUUAUGAAGCCUUGGUGCGUUUCUAUACCGAAACGCUUCGCUGGGACGGGGAAUGA